AUGCGGCGGCGGCGGAAUGGCGCUGGGCGCGUGAUUUUGAACAAACGCGGAACCUGCCGCAGCUGCUGCUGCUGUUGCCGCCGCCGCGAGCAGCCGCUGCCGUCACGGCGACCAGCCGGCCGCGCGCGGGAGCGAGCCCGGGAGCGCGCGGGCGGCGUUGUCAUUACGGUGGGGCCGGCGCGGGGGGGUGGAAGAGACCGAUGUGAAGCGGCGGGGCUGCGGCGGGCGCAGGUGAGCGCUAGGCGGGCCGAGCGGGGGGCGGGUCGCCUGAGGGGAAGGAAGGGAGAAGCGGCGCAGCCCUGAGGCGCGGGACCCACCGGCCGCCUCCUUCUCCCUUCGCUGACAGGACGAGUCUGGCCGGCUUGUGGGGUGGGCGCCUGUCGGGAAGGGAGGCUCAGUACCGGCCCUUCUCCCUCCUCCUCCGCCUCCCCUCAGGAUUAUAAUAUUUUUAAUUGUCAUCUAUCUGUCAGUGACAAAGGGGUUCGGGACCCCUCGGCGGAGGCAGGGGGUUUUAGGCCCGGCAGGAGCUGCGCGGAAGCCCCGGGGUAAUAUUUCGGCCUCGGAGCCGCGACGAGCCGGUGCCUCCAGGAACGAGGGAGGAGGCUUCGAUGUUUUAUUUCCAAAUUGCUUCUCAUUCCUCUGUCAAGGAAGGCCGCGGGGAGUAGGGAUUUGCCCCAAAAGCGGGGUGGGUGGGCUGGUGGCCAGGGUUGAGGCUGUGAGUUGUAAGUCCUGGGUAAAGACUGGGCAGAAGCGACUAACAAAUUCAAUAAAUAAGAGCAAGAAAGGGAAAGAAGAGUCUCGUUUUGAAAUAACGAGUUCGAUCUCAUUCUUCAGUCCGAUGGCUGCUGCUCAAGGAGGUCUGCUUUUGGCGUAUCGUAGAGCAGGGCAAAAACUUUACAAUUCCCAAUCACGGAUAUUUAUUUGUCCAGAAUUUAACGCAAGUGGAAGUGUUUUGCUCUGUUGCUGAAACAGGAGCAGAAUAGCUGGCCUCAAGCACCCCUCUCUUUCUCACAGGAAACCACGGUUUAACAGGGACUUUAAUCUUUAUGGCAGUCAGCUGAGUUCCCUGUGUUUAUUGUAUGGGAAGUCGUUGGCCUCUUCUCUUGCCUUACAAUCUUAUCAGACCUGGGCGUUGAAUGGUGUAAAGAGCAAGCUGUUAUUGGUGAACUGUCAAAGAUUGCUGGACUGUGGCUUGACUGAUGUUCAAUAAUACAAAGUAGCUUUUCUAUUUGAUUCGUAAGAAAAUGGACUCUUACCUUCUGUCUGUCUGUUCCGUUUCUCUUGUCUAAACAGCUAGUGCAUAUCUUGAUGGCAAUAGUACUUCGAUUUUUAUAAUGUAGAUAUUAGAAAGAAAUGUUAAAUACAUAUUUUGUUUUCCCUCUGAUCAAAAUAUACAAAAAUCCAACCAAAUCCAUUCAUUGUAGAGAAGCCAGUUCACAAAUUAAGCAGCUGUUAUUUAAAAUGCAUUUCUCCUGUCAAAACCCAGUAUAUAUAAUUCUAAACUUACAAGUAUUUAUACACGUACGGUAAUCUUGAAAUCAGAAUGGUAGAACUAACAAUACCUUUGUAAGUUGCCCAUUAUGAUCCAUUUACUAGCAGAGGGCAAAUGAGCCAAUGGAGCAAUAACUUUGAGCAGUGUAUAUUGCUAAGUAUAAACAAGGAAGCUAUAUUUCAACACUAUCAGUGGUCCAGUAUUAUAACAAUUGCUUUCCAACUAUGUUGAUUCUGGAAAAUCAACAAAAAUGCACUUGGGAGGGAAAGGUGAAUCUAUUGACAGUGGUGCUCAAUGAUGAAAUACCAAUAAAUUCUAUAAAAUUAUAUCCAAUAUUAGUCAUACUUUCAGUAGACAUAGUGAAAUCAAAGGAUUUAAGUCUAUUGAUUUGUGGGCAAGCCACACUACAUAUUUCUGAAACCAGUUAAAGCAAUACAAUGUAAGCACAGGAAAAAGGGAAACAAAAAAUACUCCUAUUAAAUAAUAAGUGCAAUACAAAACUGACCUCAAACAAAUUAUAUCGCCUCAUGUCUAAAAGCUUGGUGAAAUAAGUCUUUCACUUACGCAAAUGCCAAAAACACUUGAAGAGAAAGACUUCAUGCAAGUUUUUAUACACCAGUGCUAGAAGCCUCGGAACCAAGAUAGGUGAACUGGAGGGCUUGGUCUUGGAAGAUGGCAUUCAUAUAGUGGGUAUAUGAGAGGGUAUAAACUCUAUAGGAAGAACAGGGAAAGAUGCACUGGAGGUUGUGUUGCUCUGUACAUCAAAGAGGGCAUUGAGUGCAGCAAGCUAGAAAUCCUCAGACAAGGCACAGAGAAAGCAGAUAGAGAAAAGUUUUUCUCCCUCUCGCAUAACACUAGAACUCAUGGAUAUUUGAUGAAAAUUCAGAACAGAUAAAAGAAAGUAUUUCUUUGUGCAGCACACAUUUAAACUAGGGAACUUGCCUCCUGUCGGAGGCUGUCAUGGAAACCAGCUUGGAUGGCUUUACAGGAGGAUUAGACAAAUUAAUGGAGGACAAGACUAUCAACAGCCACAGUGGUUCUGUUCUACUUCCACUGUCAAAGGCAGUAUGCCUCUGAAUAAGUUGCUGGAAAUUGCAAGUGGGCAGAGUGCCGUUGUGUUGUCAUGUCCAGCUUGCAGGCUUUCUGUAGGUAUCUGGUUAGCCACUGUGAGAACAGGAUGGACCAUUGGCCUGAUCCAGCAGGCUCAUCUUAAAUUCUUAUUUAACCUUGCAGGAGAAGUCCUGUAGUUGCCUGAUGCUAUUCUCUGCUGAAACUCCUCAGAGAUAGGAGUGGAGCCACUAUAAAACAGCAUCAACAACUCCAAAUUCAUGCCAUGAUCCAUGGCAUCAAAAGCCACUGAGAUGUCAAAUAGAACCAAGAGAGUUGCACUUCCACUAUGCCUCUUCCAACAAAAGUCAUUGAUCAGGGUGACCAAGGCUUGCUGGUUUUCCACAGGCAUCUGGUUUGACCACAGUGAGAACAAGAUGCUUCAUUAGAUGGGUCAUUGGCCUAAUCCAGCAGCUUUAUGUUCUUAUGCUCUUAAGGUAGUUUUGUUCCCCAAACCAGGCCAGAAGUCAGAUUCAGCUGGGUCCAGAUAUUACCAACAGGCCUUAAAGUGUAUACUCUCAUUGACUCUGCUGUAGAACCCAAUUAAGAAAACUCUUGACCUUCAUAGCAUCUCUGCAAUCAGAUUCCAGAGUCUAGUUUAAAACAGCUAAAUUCAUGCAAGUGUACCAGAUAAUUGAUGCAUAGAAUAUGCAGAAUAUUUGCUGCUUUCCAGUUCACAGUGCAUGGACAGGUUUGCCAGGAUAUUUUUGUGGAAACUUUAAAAUAGUUGUUUGCCUCAUGGGAAUGACUUGCAGAAGUAGUUUGAUAAAUAUAUAAAUAUAUAUAAAAUGGAUCUAAUACUGUAGUGGCAUGAUGUAUUGGCUCUAUUCAAUUUUCUCAGGAAGGUUCAACUACUAUACAACAUCAAAUACCUACAUUUAAUUGCAAGAGGCAUUGCAGCUUUCACCAAUGAAUUGUUGAGAAUAGUACUUUAUUGGGUGUCAAAGUCUAAGUUAACAGAAAAGGCAUUACAGUUCUUGAUAUGGGAAUUUAUUCUUAAACUAUUUUGCUAUGCUGAAUUGGCUUGAGUGUCACACUUGAGAGUUUUGCUCCUGAACAGUGAGUCAAAACUGAGACAUGAACAAUGGAGUUAGUUCUUAAGUAGUGUAAGAUCUGAUCUGUCAUUAACAGUAACUUGUAUCUUGGCAGUUGAAGGGAUACUGUGGUUAUAAAUUGUGUUGUGUAGAAUGUAUGGAAUGAAAACUCUUUGAAGUGAGAAUCUCAGUAUAGUUCCACUUCUCACACACUCUUGGAAGCAGUUUCCCAUGUUCAGUGUGAUGUUCUUCUAUGUGAGUGAGUUUGGGUUUGUUUGCUCUUUUUUAAGGGAAAAAGCAAGCAUAAAUGAUUUUAGGUGGAAAAACAAUGUUUUUCUCCAUCAGUUUUGCCUAGAAUAGUGUAUUAAAGCAUUUUCAUGCUGAUUUCUUUAUUAGCCAUGAGAUGGGCAAAGUUUUCUUUUAAUUUUACUAGAAGAAUUGCUGGAAGCUUUCCCCCUUUCCCCUUAAAAAGCCUUCCUGUGUCAAUGUUAAUCAAUGUAUGUUGUUCAUAGUCAUAAUACACUGGUAUUUACUUUUUAAGGGCAGGUAAUAAAAGGAUGAGAGAGCUUUGGUUGGAUGAAAAAUCUAUAUAUACACCAGAUGCACCGUUACUUCUUAUUCAUCCUGUCCGCACACGCCACCUUUCAUCUCUCCCGAUUCUUAGUCGACUAAUAAACCAUUUGGUCUGCAAUCCUAUACCCAUUUACCUGGGAGUAAGCCCCACUGAACUCAGCGGAACUUAUUUCUGAGUAUAGGAUUGCACGGCCAGGCUUUUAAGGUGCCGUGGAAGUGCAGCUGGUUAGCCCGGCUUCCCUUCUGAAUUCCGUCUCGGAGCUGGAAUCCACCCUCGUUUCCUGGACAAGGGGCGCAAAACCCUUUGCGGUUGCGUGGACAGGGAGUCCUGCCCUGGCCGGAGCGCGCGUUUCUUGUAGGUCAGCGCCCGCGUCGUUCCUCCUUUUCCCGGCGUGGGCCGGGCUUCCCCUCCCCUCCGGUGGGAGUGGCUCUAGCAAAGGGAUCGGGGCGGAGGGAGGAGGCUGAGGUUGUUGCUGAGCUGGGCUGUGAUGGUGAUGACGAAGUGAAAAUGGCGGAUCUUUCGAAAUCCUAUCCCGGCCCCUGACAUACCAGCGACAGCACCUAAACAGCCUUGAGAGGCUCCCCCCAACUCCUCCGCUCGCUGCUGCCAGAAACCUCCCUCUCCUCGUCUUUUCGUCCCAACUCCCGGGCAGCCGCUUUGCAGCUAUCCAGACACUUCUGGUGGAAGCUCCCUCCUCCCCUCGGGCUGGAACUUAACCCUCCUGGAAGGAGUCGGUGGCUGCGCCCUGGAGAGGGGUGAGAGACGCACCAAGCAAGGCCUGGGCAGGAGAUUGGGGGAGAAGGGGAAGCCUGCAACGCUGGGUUGGGUGGCUUGCUGUACGGGAAAUCCAGGUGUUUUCAAAUGUAACCUAAAUAGUUAACCUGGCUGGAAAAGAAGGAAGUAUUUGGAGCUGCUGAGGCCUAACUCGCCUUUCAAGGUCUCGCUUGUACUGUGUCUGAUGUUGCAUUCUUGAGAGUUCGGGUAGCGCAAGUGAUGUUCAUAUGGUGGUCAAGGAGAAAUCUGCAGAACAAAUUACUGGAUUGAUUGCGCCUACUCUGCUUAGGAGCGCAGUGAAGAAUGUUAGUAUGCAAAGCUGCUCGUGGGACACUAAUGAUUUUUAAAAUUAGCUGCUUGCUUUCAGGGGAGUGUAGUCGCAUACAUCAUAGGUGUGCUUUAGUGGUCACUUCCAAAUAUAUAUAAUUAACAGGAAGUGUUGCAAUGGGCAGAAAAUAAUAACUUCACAGCAUGAUAGAUAAUUAAAGCUGGGAAUUUAAAAAUGUAUCCCCCUUAACCUUUGAAAGGUGGAAAAGGUCAGUGCAGCAGUAAUGAUUCAGAUGGAAAAUUAAUGUUUGGUUUUGGUUUUAAUUCCAAAUUUUGUUAUGAAAAGGUGUAAAGCAAUAUAUUUUGUAAGUGUAAUCUAGUUACGUUAGGGUAGCUGGGAUUUCUAGCACAAUAAGGCAAAUGAUAAUUGGUGUCAAGGAACACAGUCUGAAAAUAUGUUUUUGUUUAAUUACACUGGGUGGUAUCUGACUAGCUCAUACUCUGAAUACACCCACUGAAAUCAGUGGACUAAGUACUGUAAUGAUUAAGUACAUUGAUUUCAGUGGGCCUACUCUUGAUUAUGAAUUAGUCAGAUGUCAGUGUCAGUGUUAUUUACCCAGUGACAGCACUAAAAUGUACACAAUAAAUGUGACUCCUUUUUCUGAGGGCUAGGUCCACGUUCAGGUUCGAUAUAUGCAUGUGUCAUUCCUCUCUCCACUCCCCUAUCUAUGAAAUUGAGUAUUUCUCUGUGAGUGACCUCCUGAUCAUUUUUGUUGAUUGAAAAGCGACAAAUAAAUGUGUUAAAUAAGUAUUUAAAAUGGUAUCUUCUAAACUCUAUAGGUUCUGAAAUAUGAGAUUCAUAUAUUAAAUAUACCAACCACCUUAUUUCUAGGUGGGUUUAUAUCUUGUAUCAUUUUUAAUUAAAGACAUUCCAUGCGAAUUUUAAAACUGUGUUAACUGUUAGUGUGGGAUAGCUUUGUAUCAGGAAACAAUUAGUUACAUCUGCAGGUGGACCUACUUUGCUUCUCCUCUGGUGUAAGAAAGAGCGACAAGCCACGACCCCUGGUUUAGAGUUACAUCCAAACCAGGAUUUGUUGUCUCACAGCUCCCCACCCCCCAAUAAAUCAUGAAGUUAAACCAAGGUUUGCUCUUAGCUUACCAGUAGUGUUUUUGAACAAAAAAACCCCUCAUGAUUCCUGGUCCAAACAUAAGUCAGGGAUCAUGGUUAGUUGUUUCUGCUCACACUAGGAAGGAGUAAAUCAAGAAUUAUCUGUGUUUAGGGCAAACCAUUAACUGUAGUUUACCCUGAUGUAUGGAAUGGAAUGUAAGUUAUUAUUUAUAUUUUACUUCUCUGCAAUCAUAUUUGGAGCUUGCAACAAAGUAACAGAGAUAUACCGCAUUUUUCCGUGUAUAAGACUAUAUUUUCUUCAAAUUUUUAAAGUUUAAAAUUGGGGGUCUUAUACACAGAAUGUUUAAAAUAUUUAUUUCUAAAUCAAAAAAUAGGGGGCGUCUUAUAUAUGGGGGCAUCUUGUAGACAAAAAAUACGGUAGUUCAAAAAAAUAGUUAACUUAAAUAUGAAGCAUAUCUAUAUAGACACCUUAGUAGAAAAUAUUUAGAAUUCUGGAUAUUCCAGCUGUAUUUUUUUUUAUGCUUCAUAUGUUACAUAGUUUCCUAUAUUUUAUUGGGGGGGCUAGUAGAAUUCUGGAUAUUUAGAUCACCAUAUAAGCUAUAAAAUAGGAUUCAAUGCAGAAUCUGUAGGGUGUGCAAAGGUGUUUAAUUUAUUGGUUGAAUACUGGAGGUUCUUGCAAAAAUAAUUAAAAUUAAAACUUUUAAAAUUAUUUGAAUAAAUAAACAACUUUCUUUAAAAGUAAGCCAUUUUCCUCUUGGGAUUUGUGUUUAUUCCCUUGGGUUUGAAAUGUCAAAAGCAGACUCCCCCAAUUUGGAAUGCUCCAUGUGCUUUGGGCUACAACUCACCUAAUCUCUGGCCAUUGGACAAGCUGGUUAGAGCUAAUGGCAGUUGUACUUCAAAAUGUCUGAACGGCCUCUGGUGGGGAAAGACUGCUGUAGAGGAUUGGAAAUUUGUAUUUUCAUAAUUUUCCAACUUUCAUUUCUGGACACCUUGUGAUAUUGCAAGUAUUUAUAUUUCUUAUGAUACGAUACGGUGAGUACAAUGUUUCACCAGCCAUUGUUUGGCAUCAGUGAAGCUUACUAAGAUCUUAUACAAGCUUCAGCUUUCAGACUUAAUUUCUAAUUCCGUUUUCAGUACAGUACACAGCAAAUUGAGCAAGUCAUAUACAAAGUAGCCUUGCAGUUUUAGUGCAAGGCUUUUAGCAGCCCAAAAUAAAAUUUAGGGUAGCCUUUCAUUUGUUACAAGUCACAUUUUUUUACCACAGAAUCGGAGCAAGCAGCGACCCUAAGAAAACUCAAUUACCAUUUCCUCUGAUUCAGUGGUAAAAUGUGAGUUUUUCUGGGAAAAGCAUCUUGACACACACACAUACACACCCUAAAAAACCCACACCACCACUCAAAUACAGACCUGUGCCUACAAAAGCAGCUGAAAGGUAACUGAAUGAGCCCUUAGUUAAAGCUAACGGUGCUUCGUGGAAGAAGCACAUAGGACACUCAGUCUUUUCACCAUAUUUAUGAGACUAGGAGGCAUUGCAUGUAGGCUGUUAAACAUAUUGCAUUGGUUCUGAAGGAUCUGCACUGGCUGCUGGUUUGCCACUGAAUCAAGUUCAAGUGCUUGUUCUGUCAGAUAAAGCUCUACACAGCGGCUUCUACAUACACCUGCCUGUUGGUUACAACCUUCUGGAUACAGUACAAUAUUCCCUCUUAACUGAGCCACGUUUACCACAAAUUUGCUGCAUGGCAACAUGUAAGAGGACUUUCUUUGAUUGGUGCCUGAUACUAGAAUGCCUUCCCAUCUCAUGUAUGACUUAUGCCAACCCUUGUGGAUUUUUGGUGCCAGUUAAAAAUUAGUUGAUGUUGUAACAUUUUAUCGAGAUUUCAUUAUGUUUAUUAUAUUUUAUCCUGCUCUGGGGUUCUUUUAGUGAAGGGUGGGCUAGAUUUUUGAAGUAAAUAAGUAAAGCAUAUGCUGCAAAGAUAAAUCAAUGCUUUUAAUUGUUCUAUCCUCCCUAGUGAACCUUCUUUCUAAUGGCUGUGACCUUCAAUAUUAUCUCACUCUUUUAAAUCUUUAUUGCUUAUGAAAUGUUCCAGACUUGGUUUUCAUUUUAGGAUUUGUACUCCCAGAUUGUACUUCUCAUAUUGCUGUUGACAUGGGAAAUAACUGGAAAUUUUCUGAUCUUGAAAGGACUCUUGCUCUGCCUUUGAGGGAGUAUAUUAGAAUUCGAGUUCAUACUUCUGUAAGGGUUGCUUUGGUACCAUGCUCAAUACACCAGUACGGUAUGUUUCCCUCUGCCUAGGUAGUUAUAAAUAGUGCUUUUGUAUAGGACUUUCAUGCUGAAUUAAAAUACCCUUUUAUGAUCCCUAAGGGUCUACCAGCUGUUACCUCUGGCAAACCCUUUGCCAUGCUGAAAUUGUACAGCGCCAGCUCUCCUGGGGACAAGGGAAUCUUAAUCAUUUCAGGAUUAUGUUGAAAGAUAAAAUGUAUGCAUUUAUGAGACUUUUAACCUGCCUGCGCAACUGGAAUUUGCACAUCCCACAGACAAAUGGUUAAGGUAGUCAGUGAUUUUACUUUAUCAGUAUAUCUUAGAUUUUUAUAGUAAUUGCCUUUUUAUAUAUAGAAAAAAACUGACAAAAAUGUAUAUUAUAUAGAUUCCACAAACAAUAAUUUUGCUGUUAAUCUUUAGGAAUUAAGGGCUUUAAUUCUCAUUGGUCAACACCCCUCUUCCUUAGGAUACUUGAUUCCAAACCACCACUUUUAGCUCAGUCAGUAGAGCAUGAGACUUAAUCUCAGGAUUAUGGGUUUGACCCCCAUGGUUUGGACUAGAUUCUAUGAUUCUAAGCCUUUGUCAAAAUGGAACUAUAAUGUCAGGGGAUCAAAAAUACCUGCUUAAUGAGUUAACUGAAACUAUGGGCUCCUCACUUUUAAAGGAAGGUGUUCUUUUUGAUAAUGGAAAAGCUGGAGCAUGCCUUUUGAAAUCCACAUUGUUUAUUUGCUUUGACUAGCAGAAACAAUGCUUAUGCUAAUAUAUUAACUUCCUUUGAAAUGACCACAGUGAAAUUUAUUGUGCUUACCUGUCUUGUUCCAUGUCCAGCUAAGGUAGUAAUAUGUGCUUAUUUUCUAAAUUACCGCUAAGUCAAUCACAGAAGAGUAUUUGCAAUUGUUCUAAAAAGCACUUGCCUGCCUGAGAGUCAUCACUGCUUGGUGCUAUUUUAUUUGGCUACAUUCCCACUGCAAGUGAAUGGUGAGGUUAAAAAGUUUCCUGUGCCUAGUAGACCUCAGAUCAGUUCUAAUCCUGUCCUCUGGUAUCCUGCCUACAUGUAUAUAAAAAUUUACUGAAGUUGCGACGUCUAUUCUGAAAUAAGCACAUCAUGAAACUGUAUCUCAGACUCUUGUAUAUUCUGUCAUCCUAGAGCUGGAUCUGAAAGCCAGAGCUAGAGCGGACCUUGGAUAUGUCACAAGUUUAUAAAACAAAAGCAACUUCUUUUGGAGAGGUAGGUGGGGGUUCAUUGCAAGAGAACCUCAGUUAUCUGGAUUAAAGUUAACACUGCUUCAUAAAAGCAUUUAUUUCAAUCUUGCCUCCAUCUCCUGAACCUGCAAGUUAUUGUAAUUUUCAGCUCAUUUGGGUAUAAUCAGUGGAAAACUCACUUCCCCCUUCCUUUGUGUUACAUUCAUGAACACACUGUCCUUGUUCUGUACUCUGUUUUGGCUGUUAGUCAUAAAAUUAUACAAAUCGAGCCAUAAAGCAGCUUUGUAAUCAAUGAACAAAACAUCCAGCAUGCUAUUAAUUCAUUUGAAUACCUUCUAAAGUGCUAAUCUUUUAAUUAUGCAUGGAGAUUUUAUAUAAAUGCCCUCGUUGUGGCCUGUUCAGGUUAGUAAGUGCUGCUGUUGCUCCAUCCUGACAUCCAGCAUUAGUAUUAUGCACAAAGAAAAAAUAAAAAAUUAUUUGGCCAGACAUUGUGACCAUAAAGUAUAUUUUGGCCGUAUGGAAACUAUUAUUGCUCCUUAUUGUACUUGAUUUGAUUCAGUGGUUUUAAUGAAUGUUUACUGGUGUAUAGCUUUUUAUUACUGUAGUUGUUUAGCACUCUGUGCUGUAGGAAGGCAGAGUAUAAAAAUGUUGAAAGAAUGAAUAAACUAGUGAGAGGGUACAGGGGCAGUCCCAUGUGACAAAACAGCUCAUGGAAUAAGGCAAAGGGCAGGGAAGAGGUAUGGUCUGUAUAGGCACAGCUCCUGUCAAUUGUUGCUAAAUUGCAUUUUUAUACACUGUAAAUGUAAACAUUUUGUGGUUUAAGACUGUGCAUCCACCAGUGUGCCUUGGGUAUUGUGUAUUUUGGAACAUUAUUCUAAAUUUUAUUUUUUCCUUCUCUGGCUAACUAAUUUGUAGUGGGUGUACGUUUUAAAUCUGAGUUUUUCUUCUGUCACUUCAUGUAAACGCUCCUUUCCACACUGAAUCUCAGAUUAGCUGAAUUUUGCAGGUUUUACAAUUUCAUUAGCAUUCUUCCUACCAAUUAUUGAAGAAGUAGGCUAUUUUCUCAGCUUUUCUCCCUGUGACAUUUUCAGCCGUACAAAAAUAACAUUAUUAGCUGCUUGAAAAACUCUUAAUCUGGUUUGUUAUUAAAUAGCUUGUUGAAGAUGUUAAGUACCUUGGAUGAUCAAUUUUAAUGUGCACGUCUGUGCAAUUAUCUCAUUAUAGUUGAUAUUGUGGUUUUUGCGCUCAGCUGUUCUGGAGGUGUGUUCUUUCCAUAGAACAUUUACCUGUUCUUGAAAAUAUUGGGGGGGGGGUCCAGUAACCUUGAAAAUCAGUUUCGAUUAAGAGUUUUGAUGUGUGAGGUGGUUGAACAUCAUAUUUAUGAAAGGGAUUUCCACAUGUUCUAUGAGAGGGUGCUUGAGAGAAAGCCUAGAGGUAGAGAGACUUGAAAUAGUACUUAAACAUUAGAAUUUUGUCAGUUUGGGACUGGAUUUAUAAGGAGCAGCUUGCUUAUAACAUCUGAAAUAUUCCCAUCAUCUUUAGCCCUAA